AAUGGGGAAGUAAUGAAGAAAUGUAUCUAAACAACACUACAUCUCUCGAUGAAAAUUAUAAUUUGCAAAUCAAGAUUAUUUGUUGUUAAAUUAUAAAUUGCUGAGUUUUAAAAACCUAAAUAAUGGCGAUGGGAAAAGGAUACAGAGUUUUCCACAAAAUUCCCCCAGACAGGGAAACACCUUACAGUGUUUUGAUGGAUAGCAAAAUUAUGGAUGACUCACUGAUGUUCGAAUCGGGAGCAGUUGUUUUGCUGACUCCAGAUGAAGUUGAGCCACUAAGAAAACAGUAUACCAAGGUUGUCGAAGCAUAUGGUUGUCUAGGGGCUUUGUGCUUGAAUUCAGGAAAUGACAAAAUCUAUUAUCUAGUCAUGGUUGUGAGUUGUUUAUCUGUUGGCAAAAUUGGAGAGUCUGAGGUGUUCAGAAUAAAUGGUGUCCAGUUUAUUUCAUUACGCAAUGAUCCCACAGAUGAGGAUAGGAUAGGGGAGAUAAAGAAGUUGUUGAGUUCUGGAACCUUUUAUUUUACUUGGAAGGCUGGUGGCAAUCCUUGGGACCUAAGCUUGUGUGCUCAACGUAAACUCCAAGACCACGAAACAGACAAUAGGUUUUUUUGGAAUCGGAUGCUACAUGUUCAUUUUCAACACUAUGGUAUUGAUUGUUCCAAAUGGCUUUUGAAGACUAUGUGCGGGGGUGUUGAGAUUCGUACAAUCUACGCUGGACACAGACAGGCAAAAGCCUGCCUGAUAUCAAGGCUAAGCUGUGAGAGAGCUGGCACCAGGUUCAAUGUCAGGGGCACUAAUGAUGAUGGAAAUGUUGCUAAUUUUGUAGAGACUGAGCAGGUGAUAUUCCUGGAUGAAGAAAUUGUUUCCUUUGUUCAAACAAGAGGCUCCAUCCCUUUGUUUUGGGAGCAGGCUGGUAUCCAGGUAGGGUCUCACAAAGUUCACAUGUCUCGAGGCUAUGAGAUGGCAGCACCAGCCUACGACCGCCAUUUGAGAACCAUCAAGCAGCAGUACGGGGAUCAGGUCAUCAUAAACCUACUGGGGACCAAAGAAGGGGAGAAAAUGCUCAGUCAGGCAUUCUUGAAUCACCACACAGCCUCCUCUCAUCAUCAAGACGUGCCCUUCUACCACUUCGACUACCACUCUGAGAUCAAAGGCUCUAACCUGAAAAACCUGGAGAAAUUAAAAACUCGAAUCAUGAAGCAUCUCCAGCACUUCGACUUCUUCUGCAUCAGUGGGGAGAACAUCACCCACCAGCAGACUGGCACUAUCAGAACCAAUUGCCUGGAUUGUUUGGACAGAACUAAUGCAACACAGACUAUGAUAGGGAUGGAGAUGCUGGUUCGACAACUUGAAGCUCUGGGUCUGGCCGCAAAGCCUCAGAUGGUGGGCAGGUUUGAGGAAGUGUACAAGCAGAUUUGGGUUCAGAAUGGGGAUCAUAUCAGCAAGAUUUACACAGGCACUGGUGCUCUGGGAGGUGGGAGGUCAAAGUAUUCUGAUGCGUCUCGGUCAGCCACAAGAACAAUCCAGAACAAUUUUCUAGAUGGGAGUAAGCAAGAAGCCAUAGAUGUUUUGCUGAUGGGUAGCUCUUUACAGGGGGCGCUGUCUGAUAGGGCCAGGGCGCUGCUUGGUUCUAGAUAUUUACAUGCCUCAGAAAGUAUCCUACGAGCUAUGACCAGGUGUUACAAAGAGUACACCAAGGUACAGACCUACCGGGUGUUCAUAGGAACCUACAAUGUGAACGGAGGGAAAAUGACACGCAGCAUAGCCUACAAGCAUCAGUCUCUGGCUGAUUGGCUGGUUGAUGCUCCCAAGACACACCAGAGUGUUCACCUGAAAGAUGUUGACUAUGAUAAACCUGUUGACAUCUACGCUGUGGGUUUUGAGGAAAUUGUUGACUUGAAUGCUAGCAACAUCAUGAGUGUCAGUACCACCAACGCCAGAGAAUGGCAGAAAGAAGUGAUUAAGACCAUCUCCCGAGACCACAAGUAUGUGAUAGUCACCAGCAUCCAGCUUGUGGGGGUUGUUCUCUAUGUUUUUGUGCGACCACAGCUGGCUCCUUUCAUCAGAGAUGUGGCUGUUGACAAAGUAAAGACUGGGCUAGGUGGCGCCACAGGCAACAAAGGGGGUGUGGCUAUCAGGCUCCUACUGAACAGCACCUCCAUAUGUUUUGUGUGUGCCCACCUUGCUGCCGGCCAGUCCCAGGUGAACGAGCGCAAUGCUGACUACACAGAAAUCACCCGCAAAAUGGCCUUCCCCAUGUCUAUGGAUGAUCGCCAUAAGGGACGAACCAUUCUAUCCCAUGACUGUGUCUUCUGGUGCGGGGACUUCAACUACCGCAUUGAUCUGAGCAAUGAUGAAGUGAAAGGCUUAGUGGCCUGUGAGAACUGGGGGGCCUUGCAGGAGGUGGACCAGCUGAAUAACCAACGAGCUGUUAAUAAUUGUUUCCAAGGAUUCAGUGAGGGUCGGUUAAAUUUUGCCCCCACUUACAAGUAUGACACUUUUAGUGACGACUAUGACACAAGUGAUAAGAGCCGCACCCCUGCCUGGACAGACAGAAUUUUGUGGAAGGUCAAGGUUGUUCGUGACUCAGAAGAUGAAACAAAUGAUAUGACUUUGGCACAGGUGAAACUUCUGCUGUAUGGGAGAGCUGAACUUAGGACUUCUGAUCACAGGCCUGUACUUGGGCUGUUUGAUGUAGACACUCUAGUGGUGGACGAGGAGAAGAAAAACACCACCCUUCAGAAGGUGGUAGAGGAGCAGGGCCCACCUGAUGGCACUGUGAUCAUAUCCUCCACCUCAGGGCAAGAGCUGUCUGACGAGGCCGUAAAUGCUAUAGUGGAGAGGUUUAACGAAGUGGGGGAGAUCGUUAUUGUCAGGUUUGUGGGUGUUGACAUGUGGGUGCUGUACCAACAAGGACAAUAUGCACUAGAGGCUCUACAGUUUGAUCAGCAGGAGUUUGGUGGAACUCAGGUCAAGGUUGCCCUCAGGACGACAGAGUGGAAGGGGGAGAUUGAAAAGGAACUGAACUUGUGUUCCAGCAACACUGGUGCCCUCUACAAUCAGUUUACUAACUCUCUCCUGGGAGAUGACUUCAGUGUGCCAUCUAUGGAGUAUGACAUUGAUGAAGAUGGGGAUGAUGCUGAAGAUGCUGAGGUAGAAAAUGCUCUACAAGGUCUUGUCACCCCUGCCUCAGGAACUAGCACGCCUUUAAGCAACCCAAGCCCAGUCCCACCAGCUGGAGAUAUCCCAGGUGGACCCCCUGUGAACCCACCCAGACCCCCGAGACCUCCAGCUGCUCAGCCAUCCUCUGCCAGUGCUGACAACAACCAAGUCAUCAGACAAGAGGCAGCAGUGUUUGUCAGGGCAUCGCCAUCUCUUGAAAAACAACCCCCAGCACGCCCCAGUGCCCCUCCAGCUAAACCACCCCCACCCCAGAGGCCACCAGGAGGACCACCCCGCCCUUCACCUGUUCCUAAUUCAUUUUCUCAAGCAGGUGCAGAAAAACAUGUGGCUAGUCCCCCACCAAAGAUAAGACAACCAUUGAGACCAGCUCCUGUCAAUAAAAUCAAGAAACCUCAAACUAAGAUUGGCCAGAUCAGCAGACCAACCAAUGUGACUCACCAAGGCCAUGCGUCAAGUAUUGAGGAGGCGCAGGCACUGAUCCAGAAGCUCCUGACCGGUGAUCAGACAUCUGCCCCAACUGAUAGCGUGGCGCUGCCUCUACCCAUGGUGCCAUCCAAGUCUGAGACUAACCUCAGUGCAGGUUUGAACCAACUGGCACCAAAGUCUGUGCCACGAAGUAAAACAUCUCAAGAUGUGGGGGACGCUGCUUUCACAAAACCUCCGGAACAACCUCACCCAGUGCCCAGGAGCCGCAGCAUCGACAAGAACCUGAACGGAUCUCCCACAGAGAACGCUGCAUCCGUCUCCGCUGAUGUUGUCAGACCUCGACCCGCCCCACGGCGUGACGUACAAAGCGCGUUUGUCGCGCCGAACCCCGAACAAUCACUCACUACGCCUCCAUCCCCAUUAAAGAGACCAGGUAGUGUUUUAGUCAUGCCCAUGCCCAUACCAGUAGCAGCCAGACCAGCUCCCCCACCUCCGACAUCGCACCCUGUUGCUGCCCCGAAACUACCACCCAAUCCUGUCCCCACACCACCAGCCAGACCCUCCAGGGGCUCGCCAAGCCAUACACCAUUCCAAAACUCCCAGGAUCCAUUUGUGACUACAUCAAAUAUUAGUUCCACCUCCCACAUUCUAGACAGAGAAAACAGCAUGGUUGAUGUAGAUAAGUUUGAACCGGACCCCUUCGACACAAGCUACGCUAGGCUACAACCAGCUUUUCAAGGUUCUAAACCUCGUGACCCUUUUUACGCCAACGUACCAUCAACUUCAGAAAAAAAUAACUUCGCUGACCCAUUUAGUACUGACUCAUUUAACGAUCCAUUUAAAACACAUACAACAGAUCCAUUUAGUACUAACAAUAUACAGAACACAUUUGAUCCUUUUGACACUAGUAACCUGCGAAAUAACCUCCCUUUAAACACAGAGCCUUUGUCUAACGCCACAAGCCCAUCUAGUUCAGAACCAUCAUUUCUUCAGUCUGCCCCUAACAUGAGCCCCCCGCCUCUUCCUGUGGGUGUGGGGCUGCUACCCCAUUUACCAACACAACCUGUUCCUAACUUAGCCCCUCCCCCACCUCCUAGAGAAGCCCCCGUCAUCCCCCCUCCUGUUCCUAACAGGGGUGGCAUUCCCCCACCCGUCCCUAAACGACCCGUCUAAAUUAUUCACCCUGACAACGUUGCAAUAAUUUAAGUUUGUCAUUUAUGUGUCCUAAUACAUCAUUACAGGAUGGAAUUCAGUCACCUUUUUCUGUGAUGAGGUAUAAGUAUUAAUGCUAAGUCGAUUUUACAAUGCUGUAAAACCUCAAAUAGACUGAUGUAGUAAAUCAGAUAGGCUAAGAUUUGUUGCAAGGAAUUGCACCUGUCAUUGUUUAAUCUUUUAAACAGCCCGUUGAUGUAACUUUGAACAUUAGUUGGUUUUUAGUAGCCUUUAAUGUGAUGUUUCACUAGUCAUAUUGCUGUUUGUCAAUUCAAUAUUAGAUGUAAUGUUGACAUUAGAAUAGUCUUCUGUGUCAUGGAUGUUAGCUUGGACCAAUUGGAAGGCAAACAGCAGUUCCACUGCAGUAGUUUUGUGUACAUUUGGUGUGGAAUGAAAACUGUUAAUGAGCAACUAAUGACAUUAUUUUUUUUAAAUUUAGUUAUAUGUUAGAGAUUAUUCAGAAUGUUCCAUCCAUUAAUUAUAUUUAGUUUUUUUUUCUGCAACUAAUGACAUUAGAAUGAACAUAUUUUCAAGUGUAUUUCAAUGUAAAGAGCUAUUAAAAUAAGUUAUAAUUGUUAGUGUAUUUAAAUUCCCUUUGUGGAAAUUUGGAAAAGUUAGCUGGUUUCUUUUAUAAAUUAUUGUAUGCCAAUACCCCUGUGAUAAAGGAGUUUUUAGCAUCUAAGAUGGUGAUUGGCUAAACUACUCAUGCUAAGUCUUUGCCAGAACAUGAAUAUUCUGGUUAGGCCCAGAUGACUACUAAAUUGCAGUUAUUUCCCUUUUUGAUAAAUAAUAAUUUUUCUGCAUUUUAAAAUUAGCUAAAUUCCUCACACUUGUUAAUAAAGGAGCUGCUUUUAUUUGCUUAAUGUUUUUAGAAAAACGUUUUUUUUUUUAAAUUACAGAUUGAUGUUUUUAAAAAUCUUUAUAAAACUUACAAUAUACUUUGCCAGCACUUGAAUUCCAGUUUGCUUAAAACUUUCUUUUUUAAUAGAUCAAUUAUUCCUUUAAGUAACUUUAUAUAUCAUUUUGGAUAAUGUUAGAUACCGAUGUCCGAUAAUAGACUCUUCCAUAAAAUAGGUGUGUUGGGUUGUUAGUAGUAUUGUAAUCUCGACUAAUUUUAUGGUUAGAAAUUCGGGUAGGACUAGGGUUAGGGUUACGGACAGGGUUAGCAUUGACAUGAGCCAACAAUGUGUGUAUUAUUUAGUUAACUACCAGUAACCUUACACCCCUUUUUUAAAGAAGAUUCUAUUAUCGGACACGUAUAAAAAAUCUCCCCUAAUUUUUUUUUAAAGUUUAUGAUGAGUUAAUAUUUGUGUUGACUGUGAUUGUGUACAGAGAGUGUACUAACAAAAAAGCCAGGUAUGUACAUAACAUUACAGGUCAGGUGCUAAACAAAAAGGUCGGACAUUGCUCACUUUCACUUGACAUUAAUGUCAUCCGACCUCAUGACAAAAAAAAGGUUCAUGUGGAUUUUUCUUAUUUGCUUGCUUGUUCUGCAGUUAAGUUUAUCCAUUACAUUUCAAUUAUUUAAUAGUGUAACCGCUAUAUGUGUUAAAAGCUAGCAAUUCAAACAUUUUAAACAAAAGCAAUAGCACUGAUGGACUAAAGAAAAUAUAAUUUUUUUAGCAUAUUGUUGAAAAUUCAUGUCUUAGUUGGUUUUUUUAUUUUAUUAAAUAAUUGAAACAUUUUAAGAAUGAAUAUCAAGGUGUUAGUAAUGAAACAUUUUUUUAGUACCAAAAAUUUGAGAAAGGCAGGCAAUAUUGAUAUAAAACCAAUUAUAAAUUUUGCGUGUAUUUUAGUUUGUUGUGCAAACAUAUCAGCGUUUUUUUUAAUCAAAUAAAAUGUAUAAUGCAGAUAGCAUUUUUAAUUGAUGUAAUAUGGCUGAUUUUCUUUUCACAAAUGGCAUUUUACAGUUUACUGUAAUAGAAAUGUCUUCACUCUUGAUAAUUAUUUUUCUUUUGCUCCAAACCAGUUGACAGGUGUAUAUAUAUAUAUAUUCUCUACAGUGGAGCUGUAGGUCUCAAAAGGGAGAUUAUCAAAUUAAUGAACAAAUGACUUGGAAUGUUGUCUCCCUUCUUAUUGUAACCCUAUGUUAUUCAUAAUAUUUAUAUUUAAAUGUGUUGAACUGUUGGACAUAAUACUUUUGUGAUAUGUUAAAAUAUAAAUGUUAACUAGAUCAGAAGCUUGUUACUUAGCUGAGACAGUUUGAUUUCAAACCUGCUGGUAAUUAUGAAAACCUACCUUUAGUGAGUGUUAUAGAUCUUAAUGUUUUAGUUAGAUUUGUUUGAGUAAAAGUUCUACAUAUUUCUUUUUUUUUUUCAUUAAAAGAAUAUGAUCGCCUAGCAAGGCUGUUCAUGUUUCCUUUUUAUACUAUCUUAGAUUUUUAUUUGUCUAUCAGGGCAUUCACAUUUUUUUCUCUUAAACCCAAAUGUGUUUAAAUGUAAAGUUUUCUGUGUACUUUCAAUGUUAGAUUUUUUUAGUGAGAUGUUUUAUCUUCAACUUGUGUAAAAAAAUGUGCUUUUUUCAAAUUUUAAUAUCUUUUUUUUCUUUUAUUGUGAAAAAUUAUUUGCUCCAAAUUUAAUAUUUUUCUCGAGAGAAAAAAAAAAGCCAGGAAAAAAUGAGACAUCAAUGAGUUUUUUUUUUUUAACUUCAUUUUGAACAAACAAUUUUUGCUGAUUCACUGCUUUACAGCUUUUAAUAUUCUCAUUUUUAUAUACUGUAAAGACUAGUACUUAGGUCUUAUAAGUUUUAAUUUAGCUACUUAUUAACCUUAGACUCCUAUCUUCGCAAAUCACCACCCUGUCGAAAAUAUAAAAAAUCACCUAUAGUUCAGACCACAAACUCCCCUAUUUACAAACUAUAUCUCCUACAUUACUUAUGUCAUAAAUAUACCGUUUCUGUAAAGCAGGAAAGUUACAUAUCUAACCACAUCAUAUUCCAAA